AUGAGCGAGCCCACGUUGCCGCCGGAGCUGGAGCGAGCCGUGUUUGCGCUCGCGGCGUGGAGGGACCAGCGGAUGAUAUGCACGCUGGCGCUCGUCGCGCGGCGUGUCAACGUCUGGAUUGGGCCGCUGCGGUAUCGGAUGUGUCGGAUCCGGAGCCGCACCGACCUCGAGGCGCUGUGGCAACGUGUAGAAGCGCUCCCCGCGAGCGGGGCCACACAACGCGCCUCGCGACGGCUGUGCGGGUGCCGGAUGCCAUAUCCCGCCUCGCGCGGACACUCCCUUGGGGGUCCGCUGACCAAUCUGCGCCGGCUAUCGAUGAACGCGAACGAUGUCUUCCCGGAGGCCGGCGCCGACGUGCCGAGCUUCGUGCUGGACUUCCCCCCGCUCACGGGGCUGACGCACCUCGAGCUGCUCGGAGACCCCGGGCCAUGGAUGCCGCGCGUGAUCGCUGCGGCUUACCCCGCUCUCACGCACCUAUCCUUGUUCAACCGCUACUUUCCGGACGUCAUGCGCGAGGCCCUCCAGGCGCUGCCGCGCCUCACGAUGUGUGUUUAUGUGCACGUCGAGUACCUGGCAAGGGAAGACCAAGCGGCUCCCAGCACGAUAUAUGCCCAACGCCAGGCGGCGAUUAUCGGUCUGGAUGAUCCGCGCGCAGUGGCGGUGAUGCCGGUCUACUCGGAUGAAAACUGGGGGCCUGGCGCAUGGCGCGGGCGGGAUUAUUGGGCCAGAGCGGAGGAGGAGCUUGCGUUGCGGCGCGUGAAUCGGAGCAGGGUGACGCCAAGGGUGGAGUAA